AUGGCAUCCAACGGGAUCCCAGACCAAUUAUUCCACACCACCCUCACAGUCAUCGACUACCACGAGGACCCAUCCGGCGCCAAGCGCUCCGUGUACGUCCUCGGCACCCACGGCAAGCUCGAGGCCGCCAAGGCCUUCGCCAAGACCGCCCUCCAGGACCUCAAGUACGAAAAGUCCGACUUUGCAGAGUACGCAGAGCGCAGCCCGUUCGAGAGCUGGAGCCACGGCGACGGCGUGCUCGUCUACGCGCGCGCGCCCGCGGGGCAGGUCUUCCUCGUGGGCAUCGACACGGCGCCCAACAACGAGUCGCUGCCGGCGAACCUCGACGGCACCGUGAACGCGCCCCAGGGCCCCAAGUCGCUGCACUACGUGCUGCAGACGACGAUCGACUACAACCUGGACCGCACGGGGGCCGCGCAGACGACCGAGAUACAAGGGGCGUACAUCCACCGCGUCGACGCGUUAAAGGCUGCGCACAAGUGCCUCGAUCCGAAGGAGUUCGCCGAGUUCAACGUCCGUGACACCCCCGAGAUGGCGGGCCAGUGGCCGUAUGGCGAGGACGUGGUCGUGCAUGCCGUGGCGGAGACGGGGCAGAAUUCGUUUGUCACCUUGACGACCAUCCCUGGGGCGCACGCUCGGCACGGGAAGAAGAGGACUUGA